AUGCCUUUAGCUCACAAUUUAAACAAAGUCACAAAGAACUUAUCAAAGUCAACGGGAUCAAUUCAUAUCAAGGGUCGCAAGUUCAAACAAUUGAACAGAGCAACAGUACGAGAUAAAAAACUACAAAAGCAAAAACUUAACUCAAUAGAGAAGAAAUCAAAUGAAUUAUUAAUUGUAACUUUCAUACAGAAUAAGAUCAAGGAUGAACCAAAUGAGCUGUACAGUCUUGAAGAAAUCAAGGACCUUAUAAAUGAUUUCAUUAAUAUAGAUCGUGAGAGAUUGAAAGAUGCAGAAAAAGAACAUAGAAAAGGAAGACCAAUAUCAACAAAACAAAAACUUUUAUCUGAAAAAGUAAAACAUGAAGAACAUGUAUUCGAAACUGGAUAUAAAGUCCCUGACAUAAGUGAUCCGGAAACAGUGACAAGAUUGCGAAGUUGGAACGGAACAACUGGUGCUACAACUGGAUUUAAAUUCACUCAUGUUUCAAAAUCGCAGAAAAGCUUUCCUACAAAAGAAGUUGAAAUGAGAUAG